AUGAGUCAAAGUAAAUCUCAAAUCGACUUCAUCAUUUGCCGGAAGAAAUGGCGGAACUCCGUCAAGAACUCCGAAGCAUAUGGUAGUUUCCACAGUAUUGGCUCGGAUCACAGAGUAGUCGUAGCAAGGGUAAAGCUUAGUCUACGGAUAAGCAAGACGGAGAAGAGGGCUCCGGUUCUGGACUGGUCUAAACUUAAAACUGAUAUCGCUCUACAAGAGAGGUACACAGUGGAAGUUAAAAACCGCUUUUCCAUACUUGAAAAGGAUGAUCAGACGGCAACAGAAAGGUACCAAUGCUUUAUUGAUGCGAAUAGGACAACUUCUCGACUUUUACUACCUGAAAAGGAGAAAAAGAAAAGAUGUAAAAUCUCAGCGACUCCAAGUGUUGAGAUUGCCAGGCUGAAGCUGAGGGAAUGUAGCAUAAAAUACCACUCAGAUGCUACAGAAGACAACCGAAUAGCUGUUCAAGAGGGCAAACAGAAGCUAGGCGAUGCUUAUCAAGCAGCCAAAGAGCACCUGCUGGAGGGGCAGGUCCGGGAACUGGAGGAAGCAAGUUGGCAGGGCAGACAUGCUAAAAGCUGGACCAUGAUCAACAAGAUCACAGGUAAAGCUCCAUCAUAUACUGGCAAAAUCAAGGGAAACUCACCAACGGAAAGGGUUCAGAAAUGGAAGGACUAUUUUGCUACUCUUCUCGGCUCACCACCGACGGUAGAGAACGCGGAAGAGGAUAUUGAUCCAGUCCACCCACCUCUGAAUAUCGGAACAGAACCGUUUACGUUGGAUGAGUACAGGAAAGCAAAGUCCAGCAUAAAGGAAGGGAAAGCAUGGGGUGACGACAACAUAGCCCCAGAAGUCUUAAAACGAUGCGACCUUGAUCAAAUUGUCUUAGACUUCUGUAACAAUGCUCUAUUGAAAGGUGAGAAACCAGACCAAUGGUCAACUGCCAACAUCAUACCAAUUCCAAAGAAGGGCGACCUUAGCGAACCAAUGAACUAUCGGGGAAUAAGCUUGUCAUCCCUAGUUGCCAAGUCUCUAAACAAGAUGGUUCUAAACCGGUUGAAGCCAGAAAUCGAGACAAUUCUGCGUAGAAACCAGAAUGGAUUCAGACCAGGAAGGUCAACAACUCAACAGAUAUUGGUACUGAGACGUCUUAUAGAGGGUGUCAAGAAAUCCCUCUACGCUGACAUCCGUUCAACUAAGGAGGUUGUCACUGCAUUAUGUCUUAGCGAACGCUCUUCAAACCAGGGGUUGGUUAAUGAUGAUGUCACAGAGAAACUGAACAUGCUACAGCAAGAGAUAAAAGGCCUCCUUGUCGCUUGGCAACAGAAGCAGCAGCAGCCCUCGGCCUCCACCAAACAGGAUGCCACAGCCUAA